UUCGAGAUUUUUAUAAAGAAAAUGAACAAUAAACAACAAGAAUCUUCAACCAAACCAAUAAAAAUAACUUCAACUAAAUUAUUAAAACAAAUAGAAGAACAACGAGAAAAUAUUAAACUUGCUGAGAAAAGGAAAAGGACUGUUUACGAAGCAAUAUGUGCACUUAUUGAACCAGUUAAUGAAAAGGAAAUGUUUAAUUAUUUGCAAGUGUUGGAUUUACAUUCGUGGGCAGAAGUAAUUGAAGAACGUUUUUUGGGGAAAAUAUGUGGUUACCCUAUUUGCGAGAAUAUAUUAACUAUUGAUUUUAGACGGAAAUUUGUUUGGAUGGAACGGGAAGGGAGAAGAGAGUUUUUACCACUCGAAGCCGAACCAAACAAAUUUUGUUCUGAUCGUUGUAUGUGUCUUUCAAGGGCUAUAGCUAUUCAAUUAGAUACUGAAGAACAACAAAUUAAUUCUCUUCGUCUAAUGUCAACAAAAUUAAAAGAAUUUAAAUUACCGGAAGGGGAUGAAUGGAAAAAUUUUUUGAAAAUAAAUAAAUGUUUGGAGAAAGAGGUUUUUAGAGAAUUUAUAAAAAUAUUAAAGAAAGAAUUUAAGGAAAUUUUAAAAAAUAAUGUUUAUGUUGAUGCACAAUUGGUUAAAGGAAUUAAUGAAUUGAAGGUUACAGAUAAUAUAGAAGAAUCUUCUAGUGAUGAGGAGGAGGAAGAAAAAGAGGACUCUGAAAGAGAAGAGGAACGAUUUUUGGAGAAAAUUAGGUCAUUAUCGGUUAAUACAACAAUUCAAAACAAAAAUUCUCGGUGCUUGAAUGGAGACAAAGAAAAUGUUGAAAAUAAUAAUCAGAAGUCUAAAAACAGUCCAAAAGUUUAA